AUGUCAUCAAGUGAACAAUUUGAAGAAAUUGAAGAUGAUGAUAAACUUCAAUUAUUAUCAGAUCUUAUUAAUAAUCCCUCAACAUCUGAUAAGAAAAAAGCAAAAUGUCUUCAUCAACGUAUUAUUAUCAACUAUGAAAAUAAAAAAUGGCUAAGUGAAAUGCCAAUACGUUGUCGAUCAGCAAAGAAAUCUAUCAAGCGAUUAACAAAAUAA